GGACGAGCCAGGGUGGAGGCGCCAGGAGCAGCAGCCGGGAGCCCUCACGCGGACCACUCACUCUAUGGCCAUAGGGAGCCGCUGAGAGCGAGAAGAGCACGCUCCGGCCCGCCCGCUGCCCCGCACCUCGCCCGCCUCUCUGAGCUCCCUGGCCCCGGCUCCGGCCCGCGCGCCUCCCGCCACCAUGAACCACUCGCCGCUCAAGACUGCCCUGGCGUACGAAUGUUUCCAGGACCAGGACAACUCCACGCUGGCUUUACCGUCUGACCAGAAGAUGAAGACCGGCACGUCGGGCAGGCAGCGCGUGCAGGAGCAGGUGAUGAUGACGGUCAAGCGGCAGAAGUCCAAGUCUUCGCAGUCGUCCACGCUCAGCCACUCCAACCGAGGGUCCAUGUAUGAUGGCUUGGCUGACAAUUACAACAACUACGGGACCACCAGCCGGAGCAGCUACUACUCCAAGUUCCAGGCAGGCAAUGGCUCCUGGGGAUAUCCGAUCUACAACGGGACCCUGAAGCGGGAGCCUGACAACAGGCGCUUCAGCUCCUACAGCCAGAUGGAGAGCUGGGGCCGGCACUACCCCCGGGGUGGCUGUCACACCACCGGAGCAGGCAGCGACAUCUGCUUUAUGCAGAAAAUCAAGGCGAGCCGCAGUGAGCCUGACCUCUACUGUGACCCGCGGGGCACCCUGCGCAAGGGCACGCUGUGCAAGGGCCACAAGACCACCCAGAACCGCUCCAGCUUCUACAGCACCUGCAGCGGCCAGAAGGUGACCAAGAAGUGCCCCGUGCGCCCGCCCUCCUGCACCUCCAAGCAGGACCCGGUGUAUGUCCCGCCCAUCUCCUGCAACAAGGACCUGUCCUUUGGCCACUCGAGGGCCAGCUCCAAGAUCUGCAGUGAGGACAUUGAGUGCAGCGGGCUGACCAUCCCCAAGGCUGUGCAGUACCUGAGCUCCCAGGAUGAGAAGUACCAGGCCAUUGGGGCCUAUUACAUCCAGCACACCUGCUUCCAGGAUGAAUCUGCCAAGCAGCAGGUCUAUCAGCUAGGAGGCAUCUGCAAACUGGUGGACCUCCUCCGCAGCCCCAACCAGAACGUGCAGCAGGCCGCCGCGGGCGCCCUGCGCAACCUGGUGUUCAGGAGCACCACCAACAAGCUGGAGACCCGGAGGCAGAAUGGAAUCCGUGAGGCUGUCAACCUCCUCAGGAGAACCGGGAACACUGAGAUCCAGAAACAGCUGACGGGGCUGCUCUGGAACCUGUCUUCCACUGAUGAGCUGAAGGAGGAGCUCAUCGCCGACGCCCUGCCUGUACUGACUGACCGUGUCAUCAUCCCCUUCUCUGGCUGGCGCGAUGGCAACAGCAACAUGUCCCGGGAAGUGGUGGACCCUGAGGUCUUCUUCAAUGCCACCGGUUGCUUGAGGAACCUGAGCUCGGCCGAUGCAGGCCGCCAGACCAUGCGUAACUACUCGGGGCUCAUUGACUCCCUCAUGGCCUAUGUCCAGAACUGUGUGGCGGCCAGCCGCUGCGAUGACAAGUCCGUGGAGAACUGCAUGUGUAUUCUGCACAACCUCUCCUACCGCCUGGAUGCCGAGGUGCCUACCCGCUACCGCCAGCUGGAGUACAAUGCCCGCAACGCCUACACCGAGAAGUCCUCCACGGGCUGCUUCAGCAACAAGAGUGACAAGAUGAUGAACAACAACUAUGACUGCCCCCUUCCUGAGGAGGAGACCAACCCCAAGGGCAGCAGCUGGCUGUACCACUCGGACGCCAUCCGCACCUACCUGAACCUCAUGGGCAAAAGCAAGAAGGAUGCCACCCUGGAGGCCUGCGCCGGCGCCCUGCAGAACCUGACAGCCAGCAAAGGCCUGAUGUCCAGUGGCAUGAGCCAGUUGAUCGGGCUGAAGGAAAAGGGCUUGCCACAAAUCGCCCACCUCCUACAAUCUGGCAACUCCGACGUGGUGCGGUCCGGGGCCUCCCUCCUGAGCAACAUGUCCCGUCACCCUCUGCUGCACAGAGUGAUGGGAAACCAAGUGUUCCCGGAGGUGACCAGACUCCUCACCAGCCACACCGGCAACACCAGCAACUCCGAAGACAUCCUGUCCUCGGCCUGCUACACCGUGAGGAACCUGAUGGCCUCACAGCCGCAGAUGGCCAAGCAGUACUUCUCCAGCAGCAUGCUCAACAACAUCGUCAACCUGUGUCGCAGCAGCGCCUCGCCCAAGGCUGCAGAAGCUGCCCGACUCCUCCUGUCUGACAUGUGGUCCAGCAAGGAGCUGCAGGGAGUGCUCAGACAGCAAGGUUUCGACAGGAACAUGCUGGGAACCUUAGCCGGGGCCAACAGCCUCAGGAACUUCACCUCCCGGUUCUAAGAAGAGGCUGUCUAAGCAAGUUCAGCUUGCAGAAGACACGACCCAGCUGAGAAGACCUCGAGCCUUGCUGGAUGGGUUUCUCUGUCCAUCCUGUGCAGUAUUUGGAAGAGUUCAAGUGCAACUGAGAGCGAACCCAAAAACUGUGGAUGAUGGAAACAUUUUUAGAUUCUUUUUUUUUGUUUUUUCCUCGUGGGAACAGGCAGGCGAUGGGGGUUGGGGGUUGGGGAGACCUUUCUUGAGUUAAAGGGGCUUACGUCUGACGUCAAUACUUCUUUCUCUGAGAAAUGGUAUAUAUAUAUGUGUAUAAUGUAUGUGUGUGUGCAUUUGCAUGUGCGUGUGCGUGUGUGUGUGCACCAGUGUCUGUGAGCAUAACCACAGACUGCAGAAGCCAGGCAGCUGUCCCAUGGCAGCCCGUGAGGUGCUGAGAAGGUGGUGAGAACUGCCCCAUUUCCUGCUUACGGUCAAGGACCACAUGUGCUUUUCGGCCAACUGCUCGUGGUUUCUGGAAUGUGUCCUGCUAGGGCGGGGGGUCCUCACAGACUCAUCCCAUGGAGGAUUCCUGCAGGCUUCCUGCCCGCCAUCUUCCAGGCAAUGGGGUGUGAAGAGAGACUGGGCUGGAGCUAACCUCCCCCCAAGAGACGGCUUGGCGGGAAGGGAGGUGUAUCUCCUGGGAAAAUCUAGCGAGUCUGAAAAAUGCAGCCCUCCCACAGUGCCCCGGGACUGGGGUGG